UUCGUUGACGAUUGUCGUCAUUUUACGUGAGGAGGCGCAGAGCUGAUAAGUAGGACAUACGCUGCAGCAUCUCGGUAUUUCAUAGUGAACUCGCCAUCAAGUCGGACCAAGAGAAUCACAUCCUCGUGUUUCUUGUUCUCUCGAAUUUAUUCCACAUCAAGGUACUCGUGAUCUCGUACAUUCGCCGCUCAAGUUAUAUUUCAACAUGGCGCCAAAUUUGUUCGGCAAUGCAGCGACUUUAUUCCUCGAAGCUUCUCAGCAAGAUGUAUCGCAAAAAGAAGCGGCAGAGAAAGCAGUAACGCAAAAAUUAUUAAUCCAAAAGGCACAAAACUUGAAGCCUAAAUAUCAGUGGAAGAUUGUCUGGAGAAAUAUAAUAGCUUUUCUCUAUCUUCAUCUCGGUGCACUUUACGGAUUGUAUAUUUUAAUAACAGCUGCCAAAUUUUACACAACACUUUGGUCUAUAAUAAUUGGAUCUUUCGCAGCUAUCGGUGUUACAGCAGGUGCUCACAGACUGUGGGCUCAUCGGGCUUACAAAGCAAAAUGGCCGAUGAGAGUCAUUCUUAUGCUUAUGCAAACCACGGCUUUUCAAAAUCACAUUUACGAGUGGGUGAGAGAUCACCGAGUUCAUCAUAAAUUUACGGACACGGACGCAGAUCCGCACAAUGCGAAGAGAGGCUUUUUCUUUUCGCACAUAGGUUGGCUUUUAGUUCAAAAACAUCCUGAUGUUAUUAAUAAGGGAGCCACAGUCGAUAUGAGCGACCUCGAGAAGGAUGCCGUCGUUGUCUGGCAACGCAGAUUUUACAUCAUCCUACUGCCUAUUUUUUGCUUCCUACUUCCCACCUGGAUACCGUGUCAUUUUUGGAAUGAAAAACCUAUAUACGCGUGGUAUUCUACCCUGUUCAGAUACACACUCUCACUGAAUUUAACUUGGCUAGUGAAUUCCGCGGCUCACAUAUGGGGCAUGAAACCAUAUGACAAUUCUAUUAGCCCCACUGACAGCCUCAGCGUUGGCAUUAUCGCUUGCGGCGAAGGAUGGCACAAUUACCAUCACAUAUUUCCAUGGGAUUAUAAGGCUGCCGAAUUGGGCAACUAUCGCGCAAACUUUACUACCGCUUUCAUUGAUUUCUUCGCCUGGAUCGGCUGGGCGUAUGAUUUGAAGAGUGUAGAACACAGUAUGAUAAAGAAACGCGCGGCCCGAACAGGUGACGGCUCAAUAUAUGCGCAAACGGAUGAUCGUGAUGAGCAUCAUCAUUCGCAUGAAGGAGCUAUAUGGGGAUGGGGCGAUGCCGAUAUGGCAUUCGAAGAUAUGCAGAAGGUCAAGAUUAUUAAUAAAGGUGAUUGAGAUCCCAAAUUUCAAUUCCCUAAAAUCUCUAUAUGUGGUAUUACACUUGGUCGGAAUUACGCAGAACGUGGACAUUUAUAGUUUACGAUAGUAUUGUAAUGAAUUUGAUGAUCCAUACCUGAAGGUUUAAUAUAUUGUUAUACAUCAUUAGGUAUCAUAAUCUCGACUUUUUGUAGGUGAUAGUACUUACCAAUAUCAAUAUCGAUUGAUGCAUCAACAAUAAUAGUACGAUAAUGGUUAUUAAAUUACAAUUGUUUUUUUUUCUUUUAACUGUUUAACAGUCUUGUGCAUGCAAUUGAUGGAAACGACGCGUCUAGGACGCGUGAUUAUGACGUUUUUUUAUUUA